GUCAUCAAGCAAGUCUCCGGGCUCCGAUACGGUCACAGAGUACCUUUACACUGUACGGUAGUGCUCCCGCGACGAACGGCGUGAUCGGACGUACGGUCAUGCGAGAGGCAGCUGGCAGAAUGGCCGAGCUCGAAUUCGAAGCACCGCUCGCUCAAAUCGAGGAGGCGGACGAUUGCCUUACUACGGCGGAUUACCCACAAAAAACAAUAAAUGGCAACGACAUACGUCUCAACAACAUUAACAAUCUUAAAAGUGAAAUUAAUAAAAUACAAACUGACUCCAAUAAAAUAAAUGAUAACGAUGAACCGAAACCGGUGAAGUGCAAACAGGACAAUAUGCGAAAUGGGGAGGGUGAUAACUUCACGGAAACUUUCUCCGGCUCGCUGGAGGACCUGGUGAACACCUUCGACGAGAAGAUCACCAAGUGUUUCGGCAAUUACGAAGAGAGUGUGGAAAAGCUAGCACCGGUCCAAGUUCGCUCGCAGGAAGAAAUAAUGAACGAGUGCCAGAUGUGGUGGACAAUCACAGGCAACUUUGGAAACAUUCUCCCAAUCGAUUGGACCAAAUCAUUCUCCAGGAAAAUGCAUAUACCCACCUUGAACCUGAGCGAUAGAAAGGGUUCGAUGACUCCUGACGACGAGAUCCACAGUUCUGAGGACGAGGCCGUGGCUUCCGACUUGGACAUGCACGCUCUCAUUCUGGGCGGCCUCCAUCAGGACCACGAGUGUCCCGUCAAAACUGCUGACGAGGUAAUCCAAGAAAUAGACGACAUGAUGCAGGAGACACCUUCGUCGGAAGGCGACAUAAUUGAAUAUAACGAAGCUCUGGAGAAAGGAAAGGAGGUCCUCAGCUCACCCUUAUACGAAGACAAACUACGUCAGCUUUCGCUUGCUCAACUGAACGAGAUAUUUAUGGAGUUAGAAGUCCUAAUCAGGGAGUUCUCGGAGACGCUGAUCGCCGAGCUGGCGCUGCGGGACGAGUUAGAGUAUGAGAAGGAACUGAAAAAUACAUUUAUAUCUCUCCUACUGGCCGUACAGAACAAGCGUCGGCAGUACCACAUAGAGAAGAAGAAGCGACCGGGCCCACCGCGGUCGCCUAACUUGAACAACAGUCAUUCGGAAUCUAAGUACUUGACAACAGUGAUACCCUUCCACUUGGACAACGGCCCACCAGACAACCAGACACUGCAAGUACUUAUCAAGAUACUAAAGGCGAUAAACGAAGACAGUCCCACAGUACCUACGCUAUUAACGGACUACAUUCUCAAAGUACUUUGUCCAACAUAAAUGUUGAACACAAUCCUAGCUAAUUUAUAUAAACCUGUACGUACAUAUGGUUACUUUUAGUUCAACACUGUAUACCUAUUUGUUUUGAAACCUUUUAAUGCAUAUACGGUAUUAAGAAACUGUACGGACAUGUUCUGAUUUUUAUUCUUUAUAAUUCAAUUGCCGUAGAUACAAAGCUAAAAUAUUAACUAUAUACAUAUAUUUAUCGUCUCCUUUUCUAUACUUGUCACAGUUAAAUCAAAAAAGGUUUUAUAUCUAUUAUUUAAAAUCAUAAAUCAUUAUCAUCAUAAAUAUAAAAAAUCUAAAUUCGAUGGGAAAAAACAUAAUGCAAUUGUUUAUUAAUGGACCAAAGAAUAAAAAAUACAGGUCCCAUUUUAAUUAUCGUUAAGUUAUAUUAAAUACAUAACUAUAAGUCAAGUCAAAGCAAAUAUUUAAAAAUAAAUCUUUCUGGAUAUAUAAGUAAAGAUUAAUUGCCUGAUUUUUGUUAAUAUUUUCAAUAGAAUAACAAGGGUUUUUGAAGAAGAAAAAAUUUAAUUUGCACCGAGACGUCUGUCAGGAUAGUUAGUACUGUGAUAAAUAUACUAUAUUUAUACUAAAACAUAUGUCACGAAGACAUGUCUGUCUAAUAACAAGAUAGUGUAGUUGCUAAUAGUGACCAGUGUACGUUGGGUCUAAUAUUUCAAAUGAACAUUUCAACAUUGCACAUUCAUAUUUAUUUUUAAUGUCAUUCUAAAAAAUAAACAUAUUUAUAAUAUAUUAAGAUCACCUAUCGUGUUAAAGAACACUACUUUUAAAUUGCUUCCAUAGAUUAUUAAUAAAUAAGUCCAUAAGGUUCCAGAUAUUUUUUAAAGUAUAUCUAGUUGAGAUUUUAUUUAAAAAAAAAAGAUUCGUUUAUGACACAUUUAACUUGACUUAUAAUUUCACUAUCUAAGCUCACUAUAUUCACAGUCGAUACGUUGGACAAGACAACAUUUUGCUUAGCAUGUUAUUAAAUGAAAAUAGGUCUAAAACGAGAGUAAUCCCUAACAAUUGCAAAUAUAAUGUUCAAAAAUUGUUUUAUGAAAUAAUCAAGUUUUAUAGGUAAAUUUUAAGAAUCUUCUGCAUUUGUAAAUUGCUUAAAAACUAUUUUGAAUUCUAUUGGUUUUAUUUUAUCGUCAUAACUGGAACCUUAGCUUACAUUUGUUCGUGUUCAUAAUACAAUUCAAAUACACAUUUUACAAGACAAUUGGCCGAUGAAACAAGUGGUUUUUGUUGAAAUGUUUGAAUCGAUAUUGCCAUAACAAUCUUGUGAUUAUUAUCAUAUUCAUGAUCGAUGUUUAUUUGUAUCCGUGCGAUUACUUUAUUUGCAUAAAUGAACUGUGAUAUCAUUAUAGUAGUUGAUUAAUUGAUGCUUCCUUUUAAGAUUUAUACAUGUUAUUUUUCUAUUAAUCGUAAAUUAUGUCAUUUAAUGUAUUUAAUUUUCUUGCUAUUCAUAAUCAAACACUACGUUCUAAUUUGCCGUUUGUAACAUUCUUAUUUUAAAAAUUUCAUCAAUUGUCUCUGGCAGAAUGUGAAUUGGAUAAUAAUUUUGUAAAUAUAAUUAAAAAUAUAAUAUUGAAAAUGGAAUUGUCCUCUCAAAAUAAAUGUGUCUAAUAAAUAGUUGUAACGUGGUGUCACUGGCUGCAGAGGCUUGUAAAUAGUUUUUAAUAUUUAACUCUUAGAUCUGUACUGAAAUAACAUUAUUAUAUCAAAUCAUUCGUUCAAUAUAUCUAACUGUUUAUUAAUUUGUUUGUUUUAAACAUCGAAUUAUUGUAAAAUAAUAUUUUUAUUUCUUACAGAUAAAACAUAGUUAUUAGUGUUGUAGUAAUUCAAUAAAUGCCCGAAAGAACCAGCUAAAUGUUUUCACUUGUCACGAAACUAAUAGUUAAUUAAUAUACCUAGAUGUAGCCGUGAAAUCAUUUAUUACGUAUAAGUAUCUCUAGUCUCAACUUUCCUUAGUCAUAAUUUGUUAUUAAAAAAUUUGAAUUUACACAUAACAACUGCAUGAUAUAUGUAAAGUUAAUUGUUGUGAUUCUCGAGAUAUUAUUAUUGAAAAUUACAUUUUGUUUGCGAUAUUGUGGAAGCUUGUGUAGCACAUUAUUAAUUUUAUAUAGUGAAACACCGUAUUGUUGUGCAAAAUGUGUUAAUAUAUGAACGAGGGAUAAGGUACCCGAAUGCGACACGAGUUAAGGCGACCGUUGUGAAACCGACUUUAUUAAGGUGUAUAUAUUUUAUGUAAUGAUUGUUUUAGUGUGUCACUAAAACAUUGUGGCUAAUUAUCCAAUAAAAGUAAAUAUUUAUUUGUCGUGAAAAAAUUGUGAACAAUUAAACUGAAUCUUAGUGUAUUUAUAGUAACGUUUAAAUUUCAAUGUGCUGUACAAUUUUAAUAAAUGAAUAUGUAAUAGUUUAAGUUGUCUUAAAUAGUCAUUGAGCCCAGUGUGGCGCUAAAUAUGCAGUGUUAUGUUUUAUUAGAAUAAUUACUGAUAUGUAUGCAAAGCUGGCUAUAUGUGACGUUGGCAUUGUUAACAGAGACGGUACCUGGAUGGAAAUAAAGGAGCUUGAAUGAAA